AAGUGAAUGUCAAUGUCUGUCUGAUUCUUGUUGACGAAGCUGACGUGACGAGUAACGACAUAUACACCUGAUAUUUUUGAUAUAUCAAAACUUUCCACGACACUUCCUCCUUCAGGCUUCAACCAUUUAGUAUUAGUACACCCUAUUUAAAAUGUGGAACUCAGGUGGUAAAGGUUCCUCAAGUGAUAUCGUCAAUAGGCAAAAACAGUGCCAUAUAAAAGCAUUCGAAUUAAUCUCGCGAGCCCUGGAACUUGACGAACGAAAUUUUAAUGAAGAUAAGGCUGUAGCAAUCGAAUUAUAUUCUGAAGGUAUAAAAGAAUUGGAAUCUGGAAUCAGCAUUGAAAUAAAAGGAAUAGGAGAAGCAUAUGAAAGUGCCAAGAGAUUACAAAUGAAGAUGAGAACCAAUUUGGAAAUGGCGAGAGAUCGCCUACAUUUUUUAAGUGGCAUGAGUGACUUACAGCACUUACCUUUGUGUGAUCCGGAGGACGAAGUUUUACCUUUUGAAUUUGUACCUGCUCGCGGAAAUACUGAAGAAAGCAAUCGCAAAGUUUCUGACCAAUCAAGAGCCUUGCCGACCUCACGUCCUUCCGGUAUUGCCGUAGCACGAUCUGCGACUACGACCCGAAAGAAUGUCGUAACUCCAAUUCGUAGAACUGCUACUUUAAAAUCCAAUAUCACUCCUGUUGCUCAAGUAACCAACAAUAAGGGCAGUCCGAAUGCAAAAGGAACAGUCACCAGAUCGAAUGCCACCACUUCCGUUACCGCCAAAACAACUCCUGUUAGGUUGCCGGUUGCCGCAGCUAACCGUCGCCCCACACCUAUUUCUAGUACUACACCGAAUAAAGCCCCGUCCUCAUCCGUAGGCAAGCCGACCUUAAAAGCAUCUGGUAUCAAAGGUGUUGAAUCAAAGUUAGCAUCUUUAAUUCUGGAUGAAAUUGUCGACGGCGGUGCUGGAGUUUCUUUUGAUGACAUUGCAGGUUUGGAGCAAGCCAAGCAAGCUCUACAAGAGAUUGUGAUUCUUCCUUCCCUAAGACCUGAACUCUUUACAGGACUUCGCUCACCUGCUCGAGGACUUCUCCUUUUUGGUCCCCCUGGUAAUGGGAAAACGCUGCUGGCUCGCGCUGUCGCUAGUGAAUCAUCUGCCAAAUUUUUUAAUAUAUCCGCUUCGUCUUUGACAUCUAAAUAUGUCGGUGAAGGCGAAAAACUUGUGCGGGCUCUAUUUGGUGUUGCUCGAGAAUUACAGCCGUCUAUCAUUUUUGUCGAUGAAAUCGAUUCACUGCUUUGUGAACGUAGGGAAGGAGAACAUGAAGCGAGCCGAAGACUUAAAACAGAAUUCCUUUGUCAAUUUGAUGGACUUCAUGCCUCGCACGAAGAAAAAAUCUUGGUUAUGGGAGCAACUAAUCGACCACAGGAGUUAGACGAAGCCGUCCUUAGACGUUUCCCCAAAAGACUCUAUGUCCGUUUACCGGAUGCCUCUGCAAGAGUUCUGCUGUUAACGCAACUUCUUUCAAAGCAUAACAGUCCACUAGGUGAAAAACAACUCAUUAAACUCGCCGAGCUAACUCAAAGCUACUCUAGUUCUGAUUUAACAGCCUUGGCCAAAGACGCGGCCCUUGGACCGAUUCGAGAACUUGGAGCAGAAAAGAUUAAGUUGAUGAAGACGCAACAAAUUCGCUCGAUUACAAUGCAGGAUUUUUUGGAUUCUCUUAAACGAGUUCGCCAUAGUGUAUCAGGAUCUUCCCUAACUGUGUAUGAAAAAUGGAACCGUGAAUACGGUGAUGUGAGCAUCUAAUUUUUGCUCGAUAAUCUCUCCCGAAAUCUGGAACUUACAAAACGUCACUUUGUUCUUUCAUACUGUAACAU